AAAUAAGAAUUUGUUCUUAACUUACUUGCCUAGUUAAAUAAAGGUAAAAUGUUACGUUUAUAUUUUUAUUUAGUUGAAUUAAGGCUAGUUGCAUAAAACUUUCAACUCUCUCUCUGAUGUGUUGUCAAAUUUAGACUAGGCUUCUUAUUCACUCCCCGAGGUCAGUGUUGAAUUGUAUCGUUAUAUCAUUGCUACGAGAAUCGGUAGACUUUAGGACGGCGAAAAGAAAUGGCUCUGCUGGUGCCCUAGCCUUCACCUAUUCCCGAUCCUAUCCCUCGAGCGACGUGGCCAAUCAGUGUGUGUGUCAGCGACACAUGAAUGGUGAUAUCCAAGAAAUGGAACAAAGUAGCCGCUCGUAUCGAAUUUCCGAAAAUUCGCGGAUGAAACAGUACAGAAGAUUUGUUGUUACGGCUUGAGUGAAACCAAAUGAAUAUCUUCGACGCAAAGUCCAACUGUUUUGGUUUGCUCGAGGAGGGAACUUGGUCUCGUGAGAGCUUUGUCGAUCGCCAGGCGAGGCUGUUGGCUCCAUUGGAACGAGUGAGGUUCCUCUGACAGUGGACUGUCUCUCCUGUAGGAGCGAGGUUCCUCUGACAGUGGACUGUCUCUCCUGUAGGAGCGAGGUUCCUCUGACAGUGGACUGCGUCUCUCCUGUAGGAGCGAGGUUCCUCUGACGGUGGACUGCGUCUCUCCUGUAGGAGCGAGGUUCCUCUGACAGUGGACUGCGUCUCUCCUGUAGGAGCGAGGUUCCUCUGACAGUGGACUGCGUCUCUCCUGUAGGAGCGAGGUUCCUCUGACAGUGGACUGCGUCUCUCCUGUAGGAGCGAGGUUCCUCUGACAGUGGACUGCGUCUCUCCUGUAGGAGCGAGGUUCCUCUGACAGUGGACUGAGUGUCUCUGUGAGAGCGGCUCUCAGCCAGGGACGACUGCCCUUCUGGCCACAGCGCCCAUGAGGUAGCGGCGAGAAGUCCCAUACCACCCUCUCUCCGCCCUCCUCCCCAUCUCCUUCUAUCCCUCUCCAGCGAUGGGUCAGAAGAUCUCGGGCAGCAUCAAGUCGGUUGACGCACGGGGCGAUCCCUCCUAUCGGCCUGUCCGCCGUGAGCUGCGGGGUCCAGACUUCUGCCGGCCUCCUCGUCUUGACCUACUUUUGGACAUGCCCCCUGCGACCUCUGACCUGCAGCUCCACCAUGCCUGGAACCCAGAGGACCGCUCGCUCAACGUCUUUGUCAAGGAGGACGACAAGCUGACCUUCCACCGCCACCCGGUGGCCCAGAGCACCGACUGCAUACGCGGCCAGGUGGGCUACACACGGGGGCUCCAUGUCUGGCGGAUCCACUGGCCGGUGAGACAACGAGGAACACACGCUGUCGUAGGGGUGGGCACAGCUGACUCUCUUCUACACUCUGUGGGUUACACAGCCCUGGUGGGUUCGGACUGUGAGUCGUGGGGCUGGGACUUGGGCCGGAACAGACUCAACCACGACAGUAAGAACCGGCCGGCCUCCACCUCGGCACCAACAUACCCGUGUUUCCUGGAGGCAGACGAGUCGUUUGUUCUGCCAGAUGCCCUGCUGGUGGUGCUGGACAUGGACGAGGGCACGCUUAGCUUCAUGGUGGAUGGCCAGUACCUGGGCGUGGCCUUCAGAGGGUUAAAGGGCAGGAGGCUGUACCCUAUAGUCAGUGCUGUGUGGGGACACUGUGAGGUCUCCAUCCGCUACGUCAAUGGACUCGAUCCGGAGCCCCUCCCCCUGAUGGACCUGUGCAGGCGAGUGGCCAGGCUGGCUCUGGGGCGGGACCGAGUCAACCAGAUAGACACCCUCCCUCUGCCAGAGACCAUCAAGAACUACCUCCAGUACCAGUGAACCUACACACACCAGGACAACCAACGACUGCUUGACGACGGCUACAUUCCACUACAGUCAACCCCAAACAAUUGAACCCUGAAACACUGGACAUCUACUGAGGAUGAUGAUGAUGGUCGACAGGAAGCCUAUAAAGGAGUUGCGAGUUUCCUUUUAGGAUGUGUCCAUUUUGAACUCUAUUGUUUCAGUUUGCUCACUGCUGUCCCCCAGACGGACAGAUGAGUGAUUGACGGACAGAUGGAGGUAGAUGGGCGUGAGACUGGACUCUAGCAGAAGUGUUGGGCUAUGAUGCUGGCUUCUCACUGGGUCUAUGGGUUUUUAUAGCGUGUAAGCUUCUAGAAUAUAUUCCUGGAGGAACAGGGUGUUUUGGGGAUGAUGCACACAUAGUUACUGUACAUCUAUACAGACUCUCUGGAAGCCUCUCUCAACAUGUAGAUAUUUCUACUCUAUAACAGGCUCUACUGAGGCUCACCAGUCCCUAGCCACAGUGACGCGAACAUCGUUCAACGCAUGCAUAUGCAAACACUCGCUCAUGCUCAGUGGGGCUGUUUUCACUGUGAGGUUUAAUGUAUGUGUGGGUGGGUGCGUGUCGGUCUUGCUCCACAACAGGCACCCUAAGACAUCAGUCUGAACCACUGAGUUUGGCAACACUGCAGCCUUGAUAUCUCUAGUCCCCUGCUGCACUGCACCUUCCUCACCUCAACUGGCAGUCUCCCUUUAUUUAUCAGUGGGUUUCAUUGGAUCCAUGCCUCUGUCUGGGUGAGUGACUGGGGAUGCAUGCACAGUGGCACCCUAUUCCCUACAUAGUGCACGCCAUCUGAUCAAGUGUAGUGCACUAUGUAGGGAAUAUGGUGGCAUUGUGGACAUACCUGGAAUGUUGUCAGUCAGUGUGAUGUGUUAAAGCUGAGGUUGGUCUGAGGGCCAAUCUGUUACUGUUUAUGUGCCUGCUCAGAGAAAGUACAUCUAUCACAGGAGACAAAGACCUGCUGCUUUUUUCCCUCUUUCCGUUCUUAUCCUGAUGGUGACUAUUCCUUUAAGUAUAUGUUCUGUUUUUAUGACUGGGGAUUUAGUUUGUUUCUGAUUUUUGUUUUCUAUGGUUUUGAGAUCUAUUUGCUGGACAGGAAGUGACCCGGGUGAGACAGGACGUCUCGCUGUGAGAGAGACUGAUCGAGGAAUGUGCUGCCAUGAGAAUCUUUUAAAUGUGAAUAAAACCCAAACAAACUGAA